UCGCAAUCGUAAACAAAAGGACAUUUUAUCUCGCAGUUUUUCUACUCCUGGAAAAGUCUCUCCGCACAUAGACCUUUGCGUAAACAGCUGUCAUAAUAUUACAAGGCGAAAACAUGGUGGAUAUACGCACAGCUGUACCGUCAGAGUCCUUAAAUAUAAGAUCAUCCGAUGAUGAACCCUUAAUUACAUUAAUAAACAAGAAGCACCAGCCCAAUGAGACCCAGGGUAAAAAAAGCCGGAAUAUCACUAGACAAGAUUCAGGGUUAGAUGACACUUCAGAUGAUGAACCCUUGACCAAGUUGGAGAGACUUCCCAGACCUAAAAAAGCCACUGUACAAGCGAAGGGGCAAGGGACUACUUAUAUCAAAAGAGGAACAGGUAAUGGCAUCCAGAAGACAAACAACAAGAUCGCAGGUUCAACCCAGGAUGAGCACUCCUAUGACAGCUCAGACGAGGAACCCUUGAUAAAGAUGGUUAAAAAGCUCCCUAAACAGACAUUAUUGCCAUUCAAAAAGAGACCCUUCAACACAGCCAGAGAGGUGAACGAUGUGAAGGGCAGAAAUAACAUCCAGAACACUCAUAACAUAUGCACAGACUCAUCAGGUGACAGCUCCGAUAAUGUGCCACUGAUCAAGAUGGUAGACAAGCUGAAGACACAAACCCGAACAAAGACACUCCCUACAACAGCCAGAAAAACACCCAAAUCCUCCGAUGACAGCUCAGAUGAUGAACCAUUGAUUAAUCUAACCAGGUCUCCAUCUAAAGACACUGUGAGGACAAUACUGAAGAGCUGUGUCGCUAAAGAAUCCAACGGCAACAACUGUAGUCAAAGAAAAGGCAAAACCAGCAGAGAGGAAGAGGGGAAUUCUGAUUCUGAUGACGAGCCCUUAAUUAGCCUAGUUAAAAAGCCUCUUAAAGCUGUAAAGAAGACCACGACACCAGCGAAGAAGAGUGUGCCAGGAAAGACAAACAAAGCAGUCAACAGAUGGAGCACCAACAUUGUUCAAAGCACGAGUGAAGGGUCUUUGGAUGAUAGAUUAGAUGAUGAGCUGUUGAUUAAGAAGAUGGUGAGGAAUCCAUCAAUGAAGACCCUGAUGGUUAUUCUGGAGAGGUGUGAAACUAAAGAAGCCUUGGCAGAUUACUAUAGAGCCAAUGUGGGAAAUGCUGGCGAAAGAAGUGCAGAAGCUAUGGCAGAGAAGAGAAAUCGGUCACAAGACUGCUCUGACGAUGAACCUUUGAUAAAGAUGGUUGGAAACCCAGAGUCAUGAUUAUGGACUAGUAUAGAUACCGGAAUAGUACUUCAUUUUAGGACGACAGCAUUCAGUAACAAACUUGUUGAAGAUGGCACAAUAGUUACUGACACAACCACUUUUUUUCUUGCUUGAGUUGACUGUUUUAUGGUGAAAAGAAAUGUGUGUUGUCUAACUAUUAGGUGAUUUGGGAUAACUAUUUUCAUUUUUUAAUUUGUGUUUUUAUAACUUAUUUAUUUUUGUAUCAUGUUUACCACAUGGAUGCUCGUGGUAGCAUGUUUUAUAGUAUAUUUAUGGCCAUGCAAAAGUUGACUCAUUCAACAAUAGGCCUGAUUAUUUUUAAUUGUUGCCAAUUAUGGGUCUCCAGCUUAAUGAAUUAGAGUACAUUUUUGUGAUUAAUAGGGGGGAGUCAGGUACUCCAUUUAUUUUGACUGGUAUGUACCAUCAAAUAGGGAGCAGUACUAUUCAUUUUCAAACACUGAAACUGUAGAUGUGCUUGUUACAGUCCACGCAUGUAAUGGAUUGCCAUUCAAUUGUGUGAUAUUACAUUAUAAAAAAAUUAUUCAUUAAUUGUUUUCACAAUUUUAAUUAAAGAACAGAAGUUUC